AAGCAAUUACUCAGUUUAAAGCAGAUCUUAUUCAUAUUAUUAGAAGCAAGCUUAAAGAUCAUUUUAAGCAGUUGGGCAAACAAACUAUUUCUUUUCCAUGUUUGGAAAGUUUAUUCUUUAGUGUUUUUGAAG